CAUCUGAGAAAUGAAGGAAGACACUUGGGUGGAAGUAAGUCGUCUUGACUCUCAUUGGCUUGUGACUGUGACUUACUCAUCAUAUAAACCCAAGAUGCAGUCACUUAUGAGGGCAUAGAAGAUACUAGAGACUCCACGGAAACAUAGCACAAAAUCCCACCAUGCCAAACUACAAACUCACUUAUUUUAAUAUGAGGGGGAGAGCGGAAAUCAUUCGAUAUAUAUUUGCAUAUUUGGACAUAAAGUAUGAAGACCACAGAAUAGAACAAGCUGAUUGGUCUGAAGUCAAAUCAACUCUUCCAUUCGGUAAAAUCCCCAUUUUGGAAGUCGAUGGACUUAACCUUCACCAGAGCCUAGCAAUAGCAAGAUACCUGACCAAAAACACAGAUCUGGCUGGAAAGACAGAACUGGAACAAUGUCAAGCUGAUGCGAUUGUGGACACAUUGGAUGAUUUCAUGUCACGUUUUCCUUGGGCAGAGAAAAAACAAGAUAUAAAAGAUCAGAUGUUUAAUGAGCUUCUUACAUAUGAUGGACCUCAUCUUCUGCAAGAUUUGGACACAUACUUAGCGGAAAAAGAGUGGCUCAUUGGUAACUCUGUAACUUGGGCAGAUUUCUACUGGGAAAUUUGCAGCACCACACUUUUGGUCUUUAAACCUGACUUGCUGGAUAACCAUCCUAGAUUGGUAACAUUAAGGAAGAAAGUUCAAGCCAUUCCUGCCAUCGCUGACUGGAUACAACGAAGGCCCCAAACCAAACUCUAGAAUAACUUCACAUCAUUUACAACUGAGAAAGAAGAGUUUACAAUCCAGGCAGGGCUCAUUUUGCAUCAGUUUCAACAAGCAUUGGAUUUCAGUCACAAUGGUUAAGUAACACAUUUCCCAAACAAAUGGGUUGGACUUCUGCUGUAAUUGCAUAAGGUAUUAAGUUUGCUGCUAACUCUUCAGUCCACAAAUCACUAUGUAGGUAACAGAUACGUCUCAUGAGUAACCACCUGUCAUAUCACUGCUCUCAAAGUCUGUUAGUGACUGGUCACUGCACAUCUGUUAUUCAUGUACAGACAGCAAAGGGUGUAGUUGCAUUGCCUGCUUGUUUCUCAGUGAUAAACUCACUCAAAAGUUUUUAAAAAGUGGAUAAUUUAUAAAGGGAGCUCAGCAACAAAGAUGAAGUACAGUAAAGAAAGGAAAAGUGACAAUGCUGGAGCCAAAUUCAAAUUGCACAUAAAUGGAAAGAGUGGUUACAAAACGGACAAUAGAACUGAAUGGGCGCCUCUUGGGUGACAUAUACAUGGUAAAUAAGUAUAUGAAAAGAUGCUCAACAUCAUGUCACCAGGGAAAGGCAAAUGAAAACAUGGAGAUAUCACUACCUACCUGUUAGAAUGGCAAAAAUUCAAAACACUGACAACACCAAACGCUGGCGAGGAUGUAAAGCAAAACGAACUUUUAUUCACUGCUGACAGGAAUGCGAGAUGGUAAAGACAACUUAGAAUUUGAGUUUCUUACAAAACUAAACUUAUUCUUACCAUAUGAUACAGCGAUUACACUUUUUGGUACUUUCCCAAAGGCGUUGAGAACUUAGGUGCAUGCAAAAACCUGCUCAUGGAUGUUUGUGGCAGCUUUAUUGGUAACUGCCAAAACUUGGACGCAACCAAAAUGCCCUUUGAUAGUGAGUUGGAUAAGUGAACCAUGGCACAACCAAACAAGGGAUUAUUCAGCACUAAAAAAGAAGUGAGCUAUCAAGCCAUGAAAAGACACGGAGGAAAUCGAAGUGCAGAUUACUAAGUGAAGAAGCCAAUGUGAAAAG